AAAACAUCAUCUGUAGCAUUGCCUGACAUUUUCUUUGUGCAAUUUACUUUAGGUCGCUCAAGAAAAUCCCGUUACUUCACUUUCGUAAUUCGUUUAACAAAGGCAUUAACUAUUUGCGUCUGUUAACUUCAGUUAGUGUUCGAGUCCGUGUCGGGAAUCAGCAAGCAUCGAGAAGUUCAGUGACACCGUUCUAGAAUUAAAUAUUUGUGAUUGUAUUUUAUCGAUUUUAACCUUCUUGUGCAACACAUUGUUUUUAUGCUGUUUAUUUAUUAGUGUGAUCGGGUGAUUGGCUCGACAGAAGGGGAUUUUUGUCCACAAGGAUCAAACAAGAGCGAGCCGUGUCUUGGGGUAAAAGCAACACGGGCACUACGGUGGCCCCCGACACACCAGCUCCGGCGCCCCAGCACCCGGAUGUUGUUGCAGGGGUACUGGAGAUGACUGGAACAGAUAACAUCCGCUUCAGCGGUCACACCCUGGACAAGGCCACCAAGGCCAAGGUGACCUUGGAGAACUUUUACACGAAUCUCAUCACACAGCAUUAUGAGAGGAAGCAACGACUAGAAAAGUUGGAAGAGUCGCUCAAAGAUGAAAGUCUUUCGGAAACGCAAAAACAGGAGAAGAGACAGCAGCACGCGCAGAAAGAAACCGAAUUCCUAAGGCUGAAGAGAUCUAGACUUGGGGUCGAGGACUUUGAGCCAUUAAAGGUGAUAGGUAGAGGGGCGUUCGGUGAAGUUAGACUGGUGCAGAAAAAAGAUACGGGACAUGUGUACGCCAUGAAAAUACUGAGGAAAGCGGACAUGCUGGAGAAGGAACAGGUGGCCCACGUCCGUGCGGAAAGGGAUAUUCUAGUAGAAGCAGAUCACCAGUGGGUCGUCAAGAUGUACUACAGCUUCCAAGAUCCUAUGAACCUGUACCUCAUCAUGGAGUUUCUCCCCGGCGGUGAUAUGAUGACUUUGCUGAUGAAGAAGGACACCCUCAGCGAAGAAUGCGCUCAAUUCUACGUCGCUGAGACAGCGCUAGCCAUUGACAGUAUACACAAACUUGGAUUUAUCCACAGGGAUAUAAAACCUGAUAACCUGCUACUGGACGCGCGCGGUCACAUCAAGCUGAGCGACUUCGGUCUCUGCACGGGCCUCAAGAAGAGUCACCGCACGGACUUCUACCGGGACCUCUCCAGGGCCACGCCGUCAGAUUUUAAUUUCUUUUCAGUAACCACGUCGUCGUCGGCCAUGGACUCGAAGCGCAGGGCGGAGUCUUGGAAGAGGAACAGGAGGGCGCUGGCGUAUUCCACGGUCGGCACGCCUGAUUACAUAGCACCGGAAGUGUUCCUGCAGACGGGAUAUGGACCUCAGGCUGACUGGUGGAGCCUCGGUGUCAUUAUGUACGAGAUGCUGAUAGGAUAUCCGCCGUUCUGUUCCGAGUCGCCUCAGGAGACGUACAGGAAGGUCAUGUCCUGGAGAGAGUCCCUCACCUUCCCACCGGAAAUACCCAUCAGCGAGGACGCCAGGGAGACCGUCAUGAGAUUCUGUUCCGAACCUGACAGACGUCUCGGCUCGCAGCGUGGUAUAGAGGACGUGAAGUCCGUCUCCUUCUUCCGUGGAGUUGAUUGGAGUCACGUCCGCGAACGGCCGGCGGCCAUCACGGUCGACGUACGCUCCAUAGACGACACCUCAAACUUCGACGACUUCCCAGACGUUAAGCUCGAAAUACCUUAUUUUCCAGCAUCAGCGCCCAUCACACAGGAGGGUGAGAUCGCUUAUAAAGAUUGGGUUUUCAUCAACUACACCUUCAAGAGAUUCGAGGGUUUGACCCAAAGAGGGACUCCCACCAAGAAAUGAGUCUAGACUAAGACCUCCGACGCCCGGCCGGUGUACGCUGACCCGCCGCAGACAACGCUACCAGCAUCACAAGCCUUCAGACCCGUCUGCUGCGACAUCCUGUGACGUCAUCAUCACACCACCAGCUCAUCACAUUUCGUUAUACACAUGUCGUCCGGCGUCGAUCGUAUAUCCCCAAUGGGUAGUUCGGAGUGUUUAUUACCAAAAUAUGUUCAAACUGUAGUAGCUGUGAGUUCAAUCUCUUCGGGGUGUCAAUGUAUACUGGUCGUCUGUUGGAUACCAUUUGGACUCCGAUCAUAAUGACAAAUGAAACUGACCCCUUGUUAUGUCCCGCUAUUGUCAUAUAUGAUAAAAAAAACAAGUACUUCACAACGAAUGCUACAUACAAAUCGUUUAUUAACCAUUUUUAUGUACGGUGAACACAUUUAAUUUGUAAUAGACAAUCAUUAACUAACAAUGGAUCAGUUUUAUUCAACGGGAAGAGCAGUCAGGGGUAUUUGAAAUUUUAUUUAAUUAAAAAAAAUUUUUUGCUCAUGGAAACUGAAUAAUAUUAUUUCCUAGUUGGUGGUAUCCUUCCGCCUUAAUAAAUAUAUAUCGUUGGUAUAACGGGGAUCUUGCCAGGUAUGGCCAGCGGUUAACUUUAUUUUCACUGUUUUCACUCUUGACACAUUGACAUGCCUUUUCUCGUACUACAUCUAUAUAAAGCUAUGAAUUCUAUCACUGUCGGUCGAUUCUCGCAACCGGAUGUAUUUGUUUAUUAUCUGUAUUAAACGAAAAACGAUAACUAUAUUAUAUAUAUAAUUUAUGUAAAUAAUUCAAUAUAAACAGUUUGGAAUAAUAAUAUGAAAAUGUAAUUCCGUCCAGAAAGUUUAGUUACUAUCAUAAAAUAAUGGUUAUAUAGAUUUUAUCACAUUUAAAUCGAAAUCUCUAUGAAGUAAAUUUAUAUUAGCUAUAUAUGCAGAUAUUUCGGUGCGGGAACCGAUCGGUCGCCUUGUUUUUCUGCUUGCUUGUGACGUCACCGCCGAAGUGAUCCAAAAUCCGACUCGUCUGUAAUCAGCCUUAGUUCACGGUAAUUCUAUAAACAUGUUUCCCGCCUUCGUAUAAGGAUUCAAACUGGUUUAUAUUAUGAAGUAAUUUUGCUGCAAUUUAAAUUAUACCUUACACUGAAUGUUCUAGACUCCUUAGUUGUACUUCUUGCCAGUAGAAUAAGUACAAAAAAGAAAAAAAAUGACAUACUAUUUCACAACCCUGAUUCGACUCGACAGACUCAGUUUACCACAAGUAUCUAACGUCGCGUAUGCACGGCGAGUUGCUCGUAUUUGUUCGGUAAACCGACGCUCGUGCAGAUAUUCGAAGAUUCAUGCAUUAAAAAUCUGUUAACGCUCAGUGCGUAGUACGAUUAUGACACGUGGUAAGGCUGCAGCGUCCUGUAAGCGGUCAUAUACGUAAUAUUGAUGUAGUUGUAAAACGCACACAACGACAGCUGUAUCACGUCGAGGUCACAUCCGACGCUGUGUGUGUGUGCGCAAUUAUUUACAUGUGUGCGUCGAUAUGUAUUUAUAUGUUCGUGUGUGUCGUUAACGGAGUAGUCAACAGCAUUACGUAAUGUGACGAUUGUAUAGAGCAGAUAGCUAUUGAUAAUGUACUUCGAGACAAGCUUGUACAUUAACUCGCUGUUAGACAUAACGUUUUACUGAUGUAUGUACCGAUUGUAAUUAAUUAUAUAAAAAAAAAAAAAAAUUACGACGUUGUAUAAUUUUUAAUUGUAUCUCUGUAUUAUUUUUCAUUAUAUUGAUUUAUGAUUUAGUUAAUUUAUUUAGUUAGUUAGUUAGUUUAAUUAACUAUACAUAGUUUAUAUUUAAAUAUAAAUUUGGAUAUCAGCGUUACUAUGGACUAUUGUUUGAUGCAAGUGAUAUUUGGAUGUUAGUUCUAUACAAAUAGCACUCCUGAAUUGUUUAUGUUGGAGAAUAUUAAAUUAUAUGCCCUUUACAAUUUGACAAUACAGACAUUGGGAUAUCAAUAAGAGCAUUUGUAGGUGUUUGUAUGAUAUAAACGAUUUUUUCUUUAUAUUAUAAUAAUGAAAAAUUAAAUAUGUCCUAAUGAAGUCAACUGAGAAAAUGUAUUACGUAUACUUCAGAAGUAUUUAUAUUUAUUUUUAAAUAUAUGAAAUUAAUUUUAUUGCAAUCAACUCAUUUUCAAUGAUAAAUUUUCUUGUAUCGUUUUAUUCGACUUGUUAAUUAUCCAAUUCCUACAAAGCAUCAAUAGUCUGCAGAGUCGAUGUAAAAUUUUCCCUCUCAUCGGUAGGUUAAAGGUUGGUAAAUGUUUUCAGCUGCUUCUGACACGUCCGCAUACAAAAAUAUAGGAGUGUUAUAAUUCUAAUGUAUUAAGUAAUCAUAGUUAAGGUAAUGCUAAUUGAGACGCUUAUGUAAAAAAAAAUAACAGUUCUCUGUAGCACUCUGAGGACACGACAUACUUUAACAAGUAAACAUUAUUUAUAGUUUUAGUACAUAGAUGUUAUGCACUCAUUAAGGUUCAACAGACGCUUGUUUUAUUUUCAAAUUGGAUAUUUGCUUUGUUAUUGUUAUUAGAAUGAUGUGAAAAAAAAAAAAAGUUAUAUAUAUAAUUAAUAAAUUUUUACAAGUUCUUGAACGUUUUCAACUACUUAUGUUUCUUACAUGUGAUUUUAAGAAAGUGGCAAUACGAUAAGCAUUAAAGCGAUAUGAAAUUA